GCAGACCCCAGGCUGAACAAGGAACUUCCCCCCAAGCCCUCUUUGUUGAGAAAUGGGAUAAGGCCAUGAAGAGUUACCUUCCUCAGAUACUUUAGAAUUCCCUCUAAGGAGCUUUCUUCUCUUGCUGCUUUUGAUUUAGAGCAAAGAAGCAUCACCAUCCUAAUAAGGUAGCCAUUUUCCCUCGCUGUCGGCUCUUGAUGGCUCCUGUUUUCUGCGGUCCCUUCCUCUAAGGUUACCUCUAAGGUUACCUCUUACCCGUGUAGCUACUUCAAAUAUUUUCCUUAUUUCCUGUAUUGCCAAACUUGUAACCUGUAGCUAUAGAUGCUUAUUUCAAAAAAAUAGGUUUUUUGGGCUUUUUGGUUUGUUUGUUUUGAGAUAGAGUCUCGCUCUGUCACCCAGGCUGGAGUGCAGUGGUGCGAUCUCGGCUCACUGCAACCUCUGCCUCCCGGGUUCAAGCGAUUCUCCCACCUCAGCCUCCUGAGUAGCUGGGAUUACAGGCACCCGCCACCAUGCCUGGCUAUUUUUUGUAUUUUUAGUAGAGAUGGGGUUUCACCAUGUUGGCUGGGCUGGUCUCGAACUCCUGACCUCAAGUGAUCCACCCACCUCGGGCUCCCAAAGUGCUGGGAUUACAGGCAUGAGCCACCGUUCCCGGCUUGGGCUUUUGUUCUUUCUUACUUAGAUCUUCUUGGAUACCAAACAAAAUAGAUUUUUAAAAUAUAGGUAAUGUUCAAAUAUCUGAAAGCUACUUAAAAUGUAUAAGCUAAAAAAAAAUCUCCUUUAUUAAAAAAAUUAGCUGGGCUUUAUGGUGCAUGUCUGUGGUCCUAGCUACUCAGGGGACUGAGGUGAGGAUUGCUUGAGCCUGGGAUGUUGAGGCUGUAGUGAGCUGUGAUUUCACCACUGCACUCCAGCCCGAGUGACAGAGCAAGACCCUGUCUGAAAAACACCACCAAAAAUAACUCAUUUAUACUCCCUGCUCUUACUCACAUUACUGUUAUUCCCCCAAAACACAGAUACACAGAGGCAUACACACAGGUAACUACUUUUCUUUUACUAUAAAAUCUUGAGUUAUUUUCUUGGUAGUUGCCCUGGGGAUUACAAUUAACAUCUUUUGAGACAAGGUCUUGCUCUUCUGCCCAGGCUGGAGUGCAGUAGCACAAUCUUGACUUACUGCAGCCUCUGCAUUACAAGCUUAGGCAGUCCUCCCACCUCAGCCUCCUAGGUAGCUGGGACUACAGCCAUGCACCGUCAUGCUCAGUUAAUUAAAAAAAAAAUUUUUUUUGUAGAGACAAGGUCUCACUAUAUUGCCCAGGCUAGUCUUGAACUCCUGUGCACAAGCAAUCCUCCUGCCUUGGCCUCCCAAAGUGCUGAGAUUAUAGGUGUGAACCACCACGCCUGACCUUACAAUUAACAUCUUAAUUUAUGACGAUGUAGUUUGGAUUAAUACUAGUGUGAUGUUAAUAGUAUACCAAAACUUUGUGUAUAGCUCUGCCCUCCUCCUUUUAUGCUGUUUUGUCACAAAUUACAUCUUUAUACAUUGUGUGUUCAUGAAUAUGGAUUUAUAAUUAUUGCUUUAUGCAGUUGUCUUUUAACAGACUGAAAAAAAGGAGCUAGAAACAAGAAUUUUACUUAUAUUGUCUUUUUAUACUUAUGUAGCUAUCUUUAUUGCUGUUUUUUAUUUUGAGUUACUGUUGAAUGUUCUUUCAUUUCAGCCUGAGGAACUCAUUUUAGCAUUUCCAUUUUGUUUUUUGAGAUAGAAAAGACACUCUGUUGCCCAGGCUGGAGUGCAGUGGCAUGAUCUUGGCUCACUGUAGUCUCAACCUUCUAGGCUCAAGUGAUCCUCCCAUCUCAGCCUCCUGAGUAGCUGGGACUAUAGGUGCACACAACCAUGCCUCACUAUGUUGCCUAGGCUGGUCUUGAACUCCUGAGCUCAAGUGAUGCCCCUGCCUCAGCCUCUCAAAGUGCUGGGAUUACAGGCGUGAGUCACUAUCCCCAGCCAGCAUUUCCUGUCGGACAGGUUUGCUAACAGCGAACUGUGGCGUUUUGUUUAUCUGGAAAUCUCUUGAUUUCUUCUUCAUUUUUGAAGGAUAAUUUUACUGGGUAUAGAAUUCUUGAUUGUCAUGUUUUUUUGUCUUUCUUUCUGGCCUGAGUCAUUUCUGAGAAACAAGCUGUUAAUCUUAUUGAAGAUCCCUUGUACGUGAUGAGUUUCUUCUCUCUGCUUUCAGGAUUCUCUCUUCGGCUUUUAUUUUAUUUUAUUUAUUUAUUUAUUGAGACAGAGUCUUGCUCUGUCGCCCAGGCUGGAGUGCAGUGGCGCAAUCUUGGCUCACUGCAGCCUCUGCCUCCUGGGUUCAAGCGAUUCUCCUGCCUCAGCCUCCUGUGUAGCUAGGAUUACAGGGGCCCGCCACCACACCCAGCUAAUUUUUUUUUUUUUUUUUUUUUUUUGUAUUUUUAGUAGAGGCAGGUUUCACCGUGUUAGCCAGGAUGGUCUCAAUCUCUUGACCUCGUGAUCUACCCACCUCGCCCUCCCAAAGUGCUGGGAUUACAGGCGUGAGCCACCACCCCUGGCCCUAGUUUAAUUAUUAUGGGUAUGCAUGUAGCCUUCUAGGUUGGAGCUUCUCAGAGUCCCUAUAGAUAUCUCAUUCCUCAGCUCUUUCAUUCUAUCUUUUUGACUCGUGUGUUUUGGGCCCCACCUGUUUGCCAUCACCUCAGGCAAUGGUGACUUUAAAACAUUGCCUGUAAAUGUUAGAAAAGUACCUCCUCCCUAGAGGCUUUGUAACACUAUGAGAGUUCUCUGUCAGGCAAAAUAAAGACCAGCUUUUCCAGUGGAGUCUUCCAGGGAGCCACUAGGCAGGUCUAGUAAUGAGUGUUCUUUGUGAAUGAGGCUUUGAAAAAGCUCCAGCUUUGUUCUGCUCACUGAAGUACCAGAAGUGGGGGCUGUCAUUUUUCCAAGGCUGUUACUGAGCCAGAGAUGGGACCGGGGUAAGUUAGAACACCAUAUAGCUUACUGUUCUUAUUAAAAUUUACUUUUCUAGAAUAAAUGUUUUCCUGGUUGCUGCAAGGCUUUGGUUAAUUUUGUUUUUUUGUGUUUUUGUUGUUGUUGUUUUUGUUUUUGUUUUGAGAUGGAGUCUCACUCUGUCACCCAGGCUCAAGUGCAGUGCAUGAUCUCAGCUCAGUGCAAGCUCCGCCUCCCGGGGUCACGCCAUUCUGCUGCCUCAGCCUCCCUAGUAGGUGGGACUACAGGCGCCCGACACCAGGCCUGGCCAAUUUUUAUGUAUUUUUAGUAGAGUUGGGGUUUCACCAUGUUAGCCAGGAUGGUCUCGAUCUCCUGACCUCGUGAUCCGCCCGCCUCAGCCUCCCAAAGUGCUGGGAUUACAGGCAUGAGCCACUGCGCCUGGCCUAGGCUUUGGUUAAUUUACAGAAUUUUGAAAAAUUGCCUUCUGACAGUUUUGCCAGUUUUUUAGUUGGUUUUACAGAGUGGUGAAAUUUUACAUGUCUUUACUUGGCCAUUUUCACUGACAUUCUGCCUCAGGUAAUCACUUUUAGUAAUUUCUGUUACAUGCAUAACAGAGUUUCUUUAUGCGGCUACAAGCAUGUAGGAAUUUGUAGUUAUUUUUCAUGUUUUCAACAAUAGGAGAUUAUACACAUUGUCUUUAUCUUAUUAUUUUUGGCAAUGUGCCACAGCCUCUUCUUGAGUCCUGAAGUUGGAUUAUCUUCCACCCACUCUAAUGGAGGGGACUUUUGUGGAGAAUCUCGCCAGUUGUUUUCUAUUCAGAUUGGAAACUUUCCCCUAAGAGCUCAUGAAUUCCAGGAGCUUUAAUUCUUCUACCUUCAGUGCUGCCCAUUCUUAGUUACCAUCCAGAGCCCUGCAAUUCCAGCACCUCUGUCCUUACACUUCUCCCGUUUUACAAAGCAUCUCAGCUGUCUCCUUGAUCACAGCCGAUAGAACCAGUAAUCUUGCCUCUACUUUCUAGAUGUUCUCCCAUCUUCCUGAGGUGCAUUUCUGCAUGUCCCCUAAGCUGGAGAUUGAGAAGUCAUCUUGACUUCGAGCUCUUUCCUCUCCAAGAAGUAAUCUCUCUUCUAACUCCCAAGAUUUUCUUCCUCUGAAAUGUUAGUUAUGUCAUUCAGCUUCCAUCAUCACUCUCACAGUCCAGCCCCUUUCUCGUAAAAUUCCAGCCCAAGUUGAUGAGGAAAUUCUCACCUGUUAUUAGCCACCUCAGGUACUAUUUCUAGAUUUAUAUCCCUGAAAUCUUUGAUUAUGAGAUCCCUGUCAGUAAACCUACAGUGAUUCUAAUUGCCUUGUAACAAAACAACUGGAUUUCAAAACCUUCUAUUUUUUCUAUUGUUUCUCUCAUUUCCUGAAUAGCUCCUGGAGUUUAUUCAGCAGGUAUCCUUAUCUUCCUACUCACACACUGGUCACGCCAUGCAUGCCUCUGCUCAUGCUGAGUGACUAGUCAGUCUGUACCCAGGUCGUGCUUCAAGGCUGAGCUCAUGUUGUUUCUCUUGUGUGAACCAUCCUCGAUCACUUCAGUUAGUGCUGAUGUCCUUUUUUGAUCUCCCACCCACUUAGCAUCUGUUCUAUAACCCCACCAUCUCAGAGUGAUAUUUCUUUUUCUUUUCUUUUUUUUUUUUUGAGACGGAGUUUUGGCCUUGUUGCCCAGGCUGGAGCGCAAUGGUGUGGUCUUGGCUCACUGCAACCUCCACCUCCCGGGUUCAAGCAAUUCUCCUGUCUCAGCCUCCCGAGUAGCUGGGAUUACAAGCGCCUGCCACUAUGCCCAGCUAAUUUUUUGUAUUUUUUUAGUAGAGACGGGGUUUCACCAUGCUGGCCAGGCUGGUCCUAAACUCCUGACCUCAGGUAAUCCACCCGCCUCAGCUUCCCAAAGUGCUGGGAUUACAGGCGUGAGCUACCGCGCCCGACCUCAGAGUGAUAUUUCAUGUAUAUUCAUCACUGUUUGGUAGGAUCUCUCUUCACAUAGAUUCUGACUUCCAGGGAGACCGUACUUUCUUGCCUUGUCUCUGGUGCUGGAAACUCAGUAGACUACAAGUACUGAGUGAGUAUAAAGUUGGACAAGAACUGUUCAUUUGGUCUUUCAGUUGGUCUUUCAUUUGGUCAGGGAAUUGGUCAGCUUCCAUUUGUAAAAAGCUUUUACUGGAAGGAUUUAAAAAUCUAUAUGAAAAUAAUUCAGUAACUUUUAAGAGCUGAGCUUGAAAUUGAUAAUAAAUGCCAGUUGUUGUGCAGAGUAGAACCUUGGUUAUAAUGGUCGUGGGGGCCAGGGAUGGGGGCUCACAUUUGUAAUCCCAGUGCUUUGGGAGGCCAAGGUGGGAGGAUUAUUUGAGCCCAGGAAUUUGAGACCAUCCUGGGCAACAUGGCGGGACCCUGUCACUAUAAAAAAUUUAAAAACAUUUAGCCAGGCAUGGUUGUGUAUACAGGAUUCAUGCCUGUAGUCCUGUUACUCCGAAGGCUGAGGUGGGAGGAUUGCCUGAGCCCAGUAAUUUGAGAUUACAGUGAGCUAUGACGGUACCACUGCACUCCUGCCUGAGUGAGACCCUGUCUCAAAAAAAUUAAACAAAAAAUAAUGGACUUGGGUGGUAAAAGGGGGGAAAUUACAUACAGUAAAGAGAAAAAAAGAAGCAGAGAGAGAGGGCAGGGUCUAGUUCUUGUUGGGACAUGCCUGGGGCUUUAGACCCUGUAGCAAUCUGGAUAAUGACUUCCCCCACAAAGAUAUCUGCAUCCUAAUCUCCAGAAUUUGUGAAUGGGGCACCUUGUAUGGCAAAAGGGACUUUCAGAUGAGAGUAAAUUAAGGAUCUUGCUGUGGGGAGAUUAUCCUGGAUUGUCUGAGUGGAUUCUAAAUGUACUCACAAGGGUCCUUUUAUAAGAUUGUGGUGGGAGGGUCAGAGACACGGGAGAGGAUAUGAUGACAGAAGCAGAGGUUGGAGUGAUGAGCUUUGCAGAUGGAGGAAGGAGCUGCGAGCCAAGGAAUUGGGGCAGCUUCUAGAAGAUGGAAAGGGCAAGGAUAUGGUGGAUUCCUUAGAGCUUCUGGAGGGAGCACAACCCGGCCAAUAACUCCAUUUUAGCCCAGUGGAAGCCGUUUUGGACUUCUGACUUCCAGAACGAAUGGGUGAGAAAUCUUGAAAGCAAAGCAUUGAUCCCAGCACAGAGCAUUUUUGAGGAAGAACAAUCCCAUGGCAUGAAGUUGGAAAGAUAUAUAUGGGAUGAUCCUUGGUUCUCCAGGUUAGAAGUUUUGGGAUGUAAAGACCAAUUAGAAAUGUACCACAUGAACCAGAGUACAGCUAUGAGGCAGAUGGUCUUCAUGCAAAAGCAAGUACUAUCCCAGAGAAGCUCUGAAUUCUGUGGACUUGGGGCAGAGUUUAGCCAGAACUUAAACUUUGUUCCAUCUCAGAGAGUUUCUCAGAUAGAACAUUUCUAUAAGCCUGAUACACAUGCUCAAAGUUGGAGAUGUGACUCAGCCAUAAUGUAUGCAGAUAAGGUUACCUGUGAAAAUAAUGAUUAUGACAAAACUGUUUAUCAGUCCAUUCAACCUAUUUACCCUGCAAGAAUACAAACUGGAGAUAAUCUUUUCAAAUGUACUGAUGCUGUUAAAUCUUUCAAUCAUAUAAUACAUUUUGGUGAUCAUAAAGGAAUUCACACAGGAGAAAAACUCUAUGAAUAUAAGGAAUGCCAUCAAAUCUUUAACCAGAGCCCAUCAUUUAAUGAACACCCAAGGCUUCAUGUUGGAGAAAACCAGUAUAAUUACAAAGAAUAUGAGAAUAUCUUUUAUUUCUCAUCCUUUAUGGAACAUCAAAAAAUUGGUACUGUAGAGAAAGCGUAUAAAUACAAUGAAUGGGAGAAAGUCUUUGGGUAUGACUCUUUCCUUACUCAACAUACAAGCACUUACACUGCAGAGAAACCCUAUGACUACAAUGAAUGUGGGACAUCUUUCAUCUGGAGCUCUUACCUUAUUCAACAUAAGAAAACUCAUACUGGAGAAAAACCCUAUGAAUGUGAUAAAUGUGGAAAAGUUUUUAGGAAUCGCUCAGCCCUUACGAAACAUGAACGGACUCACACUGGAAUAAAACCCUAUGAAUGUAAUAAAUGUGGAAAAGCCUUCAGCUGGAAUUCUCAUCUUAUUGUACAUAAGAGAAUUCAUACAGGAGAAAAACCUUAUGUUUGUAAUGAGUGUGGGAAAUCUUUCAACUGGAACUCUCAUCUUAUUGGACAUCAGAGGACUCAUACAGGAGAGAAACCUUUUGAAUGUACUGAAUGUGGGAAAUCAUUCAGCUGGAGCUCCCAUCUUAUUGCCCAUAUGAGAAUGCAUACUGGAGAGAAACCCUUUAAAUGUGAUGAAUGUGAAAAAGCUUUUAGGGACUACUCAGCCCUUAGUAAACAUGAAAGAACUCAUUCUGGAGCAAAACCAUAUAAAUGUACUGAAUGUGGAAAAUCCUUCAGCUGGAGCUCCCAUCUUAUUGCCCAUCAGAGAACUCACACGGGAGAGAAACCAUAUAACUGUCAGGAAUGUGGCAAAGCAUUCAGAGAACGCUCAGCCCUCACUAAACAUGAGAUAAUUCAUUCUGGAAUUAAGCCCUAUGAAUGUAAUAAAUGUGGAAAAUCCUGUAGCCAGAUGGCUCACCUUGUUAGACAUCAAAGGACUCAUACUGGAGAAAAACCCUAUGAAUGCAAUAAAUGUGGAAAAUCCUUCAGUCAGAGCUGUCACCUUGUUGCUCAUCGGAGAAUUCACACUGGUGAGAAACCCUAUAAAUGUAAUCAGUGUGAAAGAUCCUUUAACUGUAGUUCUCACCUCAUUGCACACCGGAGAACUCAUACUGGAGAGAAACCAUACAGGUGUAAUGAAUGUGGGAAAGCAUUUAAUGAGAGUUCAUCCCUUAUUGUACACCUAAGAAACCAUACUGGAGAAAAGCCCUACAAAUGUAAUCAUUGUGAAAAAGCAUUUUGUAAGAAUUCUUCCCUUAUUAUUCAUCAGAGAAUGCAUAGUGGAGAGAAACGCUUUAUAUGCAGUGAAUGUGGAAAAGCCUUUAGUGGUCACUCAGCCCUACUUCAACACCAGAGAAAUCACAGUGAAGAGAAACUGAAUUGAAUUUAUGCGAGUUUUUCGUUUCUUGUACAUUUGACAACACAUUGAGGAAAACCCUAUAAACAUAAUCAAGAGGGGACAUUUUUCAUUAAGAGUUCAGUAAGACUUCUCCCACAUUAUUUACUAGAAAAUAUCAUCUUAGAAGAAACCCCAUGAAGGAAAAGAAUAGGGAAAAGCUUUCAGCAGUUAUUUAGCCCUUACUCAAAAUCAGAUAAUUAACAAUGAAGGAAACUCUAAACUCCCCUUAUGGUCUACCAGUAAUUCAUACUUGAGGACCAUGACUGUGGGGAAUGAGGCAUCUUUUAGCAAGAGCUCUCACCAAUUGUAGAUUGGUGUGAAUUGCUAAGGGAAAAACCUUAUGCAGAGAAAAGUUUUUGACUGGAAAUACACUGUUUUGCAUCAAGCUGGAGUACUGGAUGGAAAACUCUACAAUAACAUUUUGUGCAUAAUUGUAGAAAUACAGAUUUUGUUGUUAUAAGGGGAGGGUCUGGGUGCCCAGGAGUAGAAUAUGAAGUGCUAAAUCUGAAUGUAAGAAAAAUAAUAGUAUUGAAUGGGGUAUUUACUGUUGAUUAACCUCCUUAGAGAAAAUUAAUGAAUGAGAUGACUAACGGUAGAAAAGUUAUUGCCUAGGAGUGUGAGACUGAUAUUGCUGGACAGAAAGUGAUCCUUAGCCCAGUGUGUCAGCGUCCAUUAUUACUCAUCACUGCAUUGUUGGGCAAUUAGUUUGUAAUUUGUUUUAGGCAAUCACUAUAAACUAUAAUUAUGGACACUGCAUCAGUAUACAUAACAUGAAGGAAUAAAAAGGAUACAGAAUUGUAUAUACAUACUUACUGUAACACAUCUAAAAAAAUGUAUAUGGGUAAGGACCUGAAAGAUCCAUGGAAAAGUUAACCCACUUAAUUUGAGAUUUUUAAAAAGUUUUACAAAUACAUAUAACACUUAUGUGCUGGGCUUUCUUUUAAAUGCUUUCCAAGUGUUAACUUGUUUAGUCCCCUUUACUCUCAGAUAGGUACUGUUACCCCAGUUUUACAAAUGGCUAAGCUGAAGCAGAGAUGUUGAAGGAUCCUACCUAAGGGGCACAACUAGUAAGGGAGUAGAGCUGAGAUUGGCUCCAGAGUUCUUGUUUUCAGCCACCAUUUUAUGCUGCCUCUCCAGUGAUUUUUUUUUCCCAUUUUCUUCAGUGUUUCUAUAGCAGAGAUUUGAUAAUAAAAAGAAAAUCCUAAACAAUGAGAAAUAAA